UAUAAUGCCUUGAGAUAAUUCAAAAUGUUCGAACUUCUCUAAUGAGAGCAACACUGCCAAAGGUAUAUAAUGGUAUCGAAGAUUUAGAUGAAAAUAAAAGAAACAUUUUUUUACGCAGAAAAAAAAGGGUAGUUUUCUUCCUCCGCACACAUAUCUUUUACGAUAAAAAAAUGUGCUGUUUGAUUAUUAACUAGAAUCUGAGCACUUUGUAGGGCACGCUACAAAGAUUUUGGGGUUAUUGAGUACAAAACAAAAUAUAUUACUUAAAUUAUUUAAUGAAUCGUAAAAAAAGUUCUUAUAGGACAUUAUCCACAUGGACAGAAAUAAAAAUAUAUAUUUGUUAUUUAUUGACAGAUAGUUCAUGCGAAUUCCUACCAGAUUUUAACUAUUUUCUAAUUCAUUCAGAUAUUAAGAUUGUAAGUUCAUUUAAUAAGGGUUUUUAUUACAUUUAACUUGUUUAAAAGAGAUUAUUUAUACAUAAAAUGUCGAACUACAGUCUAUUGACUAUUCAAGAAAUGAUAGAUUCAGCUUUCGGAGAAGAGAAACAAAAUGUAGUUAAUUUCAAACUACUACAUACUAUAUUCUUUAUUCUCGCAAGCCAAUUACGGCUUUUGCAAAGAAAAGUAGAAGUUGAAAUUGAUCCCUACAUGGCAAGAGUACCUUCAACUCUUUCAGUGACGGAAGUCAAAAUUAAAGCAAAUGUUCCAAAAAAGAGGAAAAAACCCAAAGCAAGUGGCGGUGGCGGCGGUAGUAGCGGUAGUAGCGGAGGUGGAGGUGGUGGUAGAAAGGGAAAGGGUGGGGUUGGUGAAAGUGCUAAAGGAAUUGGUGGGGGACGGCUGAGAGAACAAACGAGAGACAGAAAUGAACUUGCAGGUGAAGACAUUGCAGAAAAAUCAGAAACUGACAAGUCAUCUGAAAUAACUUCGACGGAUAAAACAACUUCAAAGUCAACUACAGACAAAACUACUUCAUCCUCAAUAUUUAAAACAUCGACAUCACUCUCCUCUAAAACUGAAAAAUCGAGUAUAGACAAAUCUUCUGAAAUGAAAUCAACCAUUAAGGAUUCUACAGAAGCGACUACAGAGUCACUUAAGAAAAAGUUCUCCUCUCAAGAUUAUCAUCAGCUGUUGGAGAUUAUUGAGCAGCAGAGAGAGCAAGAACUUCGAGUUGUCAAUCAGAGAGCAGACUCAAGAGAGGAAGCAAAGAAAUUACCAACUCCUAUGGCUUCAUUAGAUGAAAUGGAGGCACAAUACGAAAAACUUCUCAUUGUUGAGCGCGUGCCUACAGACACUGGUGUUGAAGCAAAAACAGAUAAAAGAGAUCAACCACUAUCGGUUGUAACCCAAGAUCAGUAUGACCGUCUAGCUAAACAGGUAAGAGAAUUACAAGAAAAAUUCGGUACCGUUGGUAGAGCAGAGUUUCCGGAAAAUAUUGAAUUGAUGCAAGAGCUUCGAAGGGGUGCAUCUUUAACUGAUGCUAUGGCAGCAUUACAACUAUCAGCCCGCGUUGAAGCUGCGGAAAAAGCUUUAGAGCAAAUGAUGACUUUAGUAACUGAUGUUGCAAAACAAAAAGGGGUCGAUAUAUCAACAUUGCUAGAGAAAGACGGCGCGGAUGUUGAAACUGAAGUUUUGUUUGGAGGACCAGGAUCAUCAGAAAUGGGUCAGAAAAGUUCACGCAAAAAAUCUCAAAAACAACUACGAGGGAUAAGAAAAUCAACUGUAGUGACUCCUUAUGAAAAAGUAGAAAUUGGACCACCCACAACGUCUGGUGAAGCAAUACAAGAAAUAGAUGCUCGCUAUGAAGACAUACCACCAUCAGGAGAUUCAGAUAUUCUAACUCCAGCUUUUAAGCCCAAUUUGGUCACCCACCAGGAAUUAGAUGAUGCGAUGGCACUACUUCAUGAUACCCUUUUGAAAGCAGUAACAAUCAAUAUUGGUAAAUCAUCAUCAAGCGCCGAUAGUGCUUUAAAUAUUGCAACUCGUUUAGAAAGAAAACUUAACGAUGCUCUGAAUUUGAACACUAGAAUGGAUGAUUUAGAAACUUUAGUAACAGAGUACGCUACCCAAAUAAAUUCUUUAGACACGGGUUUAUCUGCAUACAUGACUGACUAUCAAGAACAGCUUACACAAAUGCAACAUGACUUAGAGGUUGGAUUAGAAUCAAUGUCUGAGGCCAUCGCCAAUACUGGAGGAGAUACUGCUGCUGCAGCAGAAUUAAACACUAACAUCACGAAUUUACAAAUGGAAUUUGAUACUGCAAAUAUUAAACAGAAGAACUUGAAGGAUCAGCAGGGUCUUCUUUUUAUAGACCUUGAGGGUUUAUGGAAACAAAUUGAGAUCCUUCGUGAAACUAAAUCUGAUCGUGAGGAAGUUGCUGAUGCAUUAAGAGACAAAGCAGGUCUCGGCGCUCUGAAUGGUCUUGUAUCACAACAGCAAUUUGACGCUGUUCGGGGAGACUUCGAAAAACGCAUAGGUGCCGCUUAUGACAAAUUUAAUAAUCAAGAGAUUAUUUGGCAAAAAGCUAUAGACGACCUCUUAAGAGAAUUGAAUGAGAAAGCUGAUUGGAUACAAGUUGCGUCAUUACGUGAUGAUGUAAACGCUAACUUAGAAAAGUUAAGGAAAAAUAUUAAGUCAAUUAUGGAUAUAGUAGGAGAGCCAAAUGCCGCCGCUGUAUCCAAAAAACUGUUCCAUGAUACGGCAUGCCUUUCAUGUGCUUCUCCAGCAAAUAUGGAACUUGAAAAACCUGAUUUGAUACCAGCUCUUCCAGCUUUUCCAAAAUCGGGCGAUCAGCCUGCUACUGAUAGUGAAACGAACAAACCAAAGGAAGAUGGUGACCAUUUAUUAUGUUACCCAGGUCGACCAAUCCCACAUCCGAAAGAUCCUAGAUCCCAUAUUUGUCAAAGGUAUUGUGGAGGCUCGCAUACCAUAAUUACUGGAGCUGUAAGUCGGGCUCCAGUAGGUAUGAUUAUCACUCCACUCCAAAGACGCAUCACUACAGGAAUUGGAACUGAUGGCAAAGUAUAUUUGACUGAUGCGCCAGAUCAGCAGAUAAAACCCUGUUUACCUUGUAAUGUACCGAAACCAGUGCCUCCUCAACCAUCAGAAGCUGACGAAGCACCUACAGUUGACAUGGAAUCUGCUUCACUCAACUUUCUAAUGCAAACUGGAUCGUUAGCAAUUCCGGUGGAUAGCAUCUCAGUCACUCCACCACCCCCUCUCGACGAUGACUAAACACAUUUUUAUGAAUGCCUUAUUUAAAUAUUUUAUAUUUAUUUUUUUAAAUAUCAAUCUUGUUUUUUUAUUUAAAUCUUAAUCAGUAUAAAUAUUAUAAAUCUUCUAUUUCUAUUAAAAAUACGGUACAUUUUACUACAAAUUUGAAGUACCUACUGUAAAAAAAAAUAUUAAAUUGAAUACCUAUUAAAAAUAAAACGUUCUUUUAAUAACUUUUAUAGUUCUAAUGUCGUUAA